AUGGACAAUAAAACAAUGCCAUCAUAUUUUUAUUUCACAUCAUUUAAGGUUUAUGGAAAUGUAAGAGCACUAUAUUUCCUCAUAACGAUAAUAUCAUACUUCCUCAUCUUUCUAUUCAAUGUGACUAUCCUGCUGGUGGUAUUCAAGGACAAGUCUCUUCACGAGCAGCCCAUGUAUCUGUUAAUGUGUUGCCUGCUAUUCAACUCUCUGUACGGCAGCUCUGCCCUGUUUCCAAGACUUUCUGUGGAUCUUCUAUCCAAUACUCAUGCAAUAUCGCGCCCUGCUUGUUUCACACAGCUAUUUGUUAUUUACACCUAUGGCAUUUCUGAAUACACUAUCCUUACUGUUAUGGCGUAUGACAGAUAUGUUGCCAUCUGUGACCCUCUACAAUAUCACAAUAUCAUGACACAUAGAAAGACAUUUUGGCUGAUUUUAUGUGCUUUUUGCUGGUCAAUCUUUUGCAUAUCACUUCCAAUGUAUUUAUCCAUAAGGUUACCGCUGUGUGGAAAUCGUAUACCUCGACUGUACUGUUCAAACUGGUCCGUAGUGAGGCUUUCCUGUGUGUCUACCGUAAUCAACAAUAUUGUGGGCCUUUUGCUCGCUGUGGCAUCAGUCUUUCUGCCUGCAGGUUUCGUAUUGUUCACAUACAUCAGGAUUCUGAUUGUCUGCAGACGAAGCACAGCAGAGCAUAGAGGCAAAGCCCUGCAAACAUGUCUACCGCACAUUGUCAGUUUUGUCACCUACUCCAUAGCAUCUUUUUCUGAUGUUGCCCUCAACCGGUCUGACCCUGGUCAAAUUAUAAACGCUGUAGCGAUACUAAUUUCUCUUGAAUUCAUUGUGAUUCCGCCAUUGUUAAAUCCACUGAUGUAUGGCCUAAAUUUACCAGAUAUACGAAGGAAAAUUCUAAGUAUGAUGUCUUCAUUGAAAGUUACCUUUUAG